UUGAAAAAUUAGAAUUUCUUUUUUUCACCUUUCAGGUACAUACACCCAGCGGAAAGUCCUUUCUCUUUUUUCCCUUCCCUCUCUCUUACAUUUCUGCUUCAUUCGAAACUAUGCCAACAUCAUAUUCAGAUCGAUCGUCGUCUAAAGGUGGAUUUUCCUACAAGGACGGAUCAAAAAAGCGUGAUCGUGAGGACAAGUCUUUCGAAGAAGAACAGCCGCAGCAACAACACUUCAAGUUUGACGCCUCUGCUGAACAACAAGAACCCGGUGCCAAGAAGCGCAAGGUCGAGGAAGAACCUGCAGCAGUCGAAGGAGAAGAAGAAAUUCCAGAGAACUUGCGAUUGACCAGUUUCCGCAUUUCUGAGAGCACCAUCAAGAACUUGGAGACCCGUGGCAUUCGCUCGCUUUUCGAAAUUCAAGCGUCAACUUUUGACCCGAUCUUUGAUGGUAACGACGUAUUGGCUCGUGCUCGUACUGGUACUGGCAAGACCUUAGCAUUCGCCUUACCUGUGAUUGAAAAGCUUUCCUUGGAUAACAACAGCACCACCAAGUACGGCCGUGCUCCUCGUGUCGUUGUGCUGUGUCCUACCCGUGAUUUAGCCAAACAAGUCUGUGGUGAUUUCGAGUCUGUUUCCGGAAACCGUCUGCAAACUUUGCCAGUGUAUGGUGGUACGCCGUACAAAGAGCAAACACAAGUGUUGCGCAGCGGUGUGGACGUUAUUGUUGGUACUCCCGGCCGUAUCUUGGAUCACAUCAAUUACGGCAACUUGAAAUUGCACAGCCUGGAAUUCGUAAUUCUCGACGAAGCUGAUGAAAUGUUGGACGCUCGUGGUUUCGAACAAGAAAUGUUUUCAGUCUUGGACCAUAUCAAGCAACAGCAAAGCAAUGACGGAGAAGGACGCAACUACCAGACUUUAUUGUUCUCUGCCACUGUUCCCGAGUCGGUGUUGGAGACGAUCAAGCGAUUCAUGAAGGAGGAUUACAAGCGUAUUGAUUUGGUCGGUAAUGCCAAGAACCGUACCAACACCAACAUUCGUCACAUUGCCAUGCCUUCGUCGUAUCAAGCGCGUGCCGAUAUCAUUGGCGAUGUCGUCAAUGUCUAUGGCAAGAGUGGAUUAACCGUCAUUUUCUGUGCCACCAAGGCCGAUGCCAACGAGUUGGGCACUCAUGAAAAGCUCAAGCAGGAUGCUGCCGUGCUCCACGGUGAUAUUGCACAAACAUCGCGUGAAUCGACCAUGAAAGCUUUCCGUGAAGGCAAGUACCGCUGCAUUGUCUGUACCGACGUGUUGGCCCGUGGUCUCGAUAUUCCUCAAGUCGAUCUCGUCAUCAACUGUCAACCACCCAAGGAUACCGAAAGUUAUGUCCAUCGAUCAGGUCGUACCGGCCGUGCUGGCCGUAAGGGUGUCUGUGUCACCUUCUACAAGCCCCAAGAAGAAGGUCUGUUGCAACACAUUUCGCGUCGUACUGGUGUCCAAUUUGAAACCAUGUCUGCUCCCCGUCCAGAAGAUAUCAUCAAGGCCACGACCGAAGAUGCAUUCCGACAAAUUGACACGGUGAAUCCCGAAGUCCUCCCCUUUUUCAAGGAAUCCGCACAGCAAUUGAUUGAAAAGCACGGUCCUGAGAAUGCUGUCGCUGCUGCUUUGGCGUUUGUCAGUGGCUACCAUCAAGGUAUCCCCACUCGUUCGCUCUUGUCAUCCAUGGAAGGCCGUAUGACCCUCAUGUUCCAGAUCCCAUACACGAUCAAUAACCCAGGUUAUGUCCGCAACAUCAUCUCGCGCGAUUUCUCGGAGCUCACCUACGAUGAUUGUAUGGGCUAUCGUAUGACUCGUGAUAUGAUGGGCGUCGUCUUUGAUGUCGUAUCAAGUAAGGUUGAGAUCAAGGACGAUGGACAAGUGUUCCUCGUCGGCAGACCCUACGAUGAUAGUCGUGGUAUCAAGCUUAUUGCUCCCAAGGAAUUGCCCGAAUUGGCCGAUCGUCCAAACAAUAACGGCGGAGGUGGCUACGGUGGCCGUGGUGGUGGCCGUGGCGGUGGCCGUGGUGGCUAUGGCCGUGGCGGUGGUGGCGGUGGCUAUGGCGGUCGCAACAACAACCGUGGCUAUGGUGGUGGUAACCGCGGUGGCUACGGUGGACGUCGAUAGAUCUUUACAUUUUUUUUCCUUGAAUAUACCUAAUUUGGCAUUUUCUCCUUCCCUUUUCUCCUCGCUACAAACACAUGCUAUACACAUACAAAGUUAAAAUAGUCUUAUUGUUCAUUUGCUUGCACACCCUUAGUCAUUUCUACACGCAUAUUGUACACCAUCUUUCUUUUCUUAUAUUUUCUGUAUUCAUCAUAUUAUCAUAAAAACACAUCAAGCAACAUGCUAAUAAACCUCAAAAAUCAACACAAGCAAUGCUCUCAUUUACUACUACAGCGCGAAUGAAAUAUAAGGAAGCCUUUUUUGAGGAACAGUAUUAGAUCAGAAGCGACUUUUUUUAAAGACGG